GUAGCACGAGCAAGGAGCGAGCGGCGGAAUUUCCAAUUUCUUCGCCAGUCAUUCAUUCAUUAAAAACGAAAUUAUGUUGCGGAAAAGGACAGAAGCACAAGAAAAUGAUGGAAAUGUAAAAACAGACAAAAAGAAGAAGGCGUCAUCACCCGGUGAGAAUAAAGCAUCUCAGCAUUCCAACGAGAGAACAUGUUGGUCUACGUUGAUUCUGGUUGGAAAGAUCCUACUGCUCAUCAUCUUCGUUCCUCCCUUCCUAAAUUAUGCUUCUUUGCAACGAGAAGGACAGCUUCUGACACCCAAAGAUGGGCAAUCUUUUGAUAUUGGAUUAGGUCAAAGGGUCCACAUGCUAUGUAAAGGAAAAGGACAACCAGUCGUCAUCCUUGAUGCACCGACUGGUAUGUCCUCAGAUAUCUGGUAUCACAUCCAGGAGACUCUCUCAGAGAUCACAAAGGUGUGUACGUAUGACCGUGUGGGCCUGGGAUUUAGCCGUAGGGUGUUCCAGAAUGAGACUACCGACAUUGAGAAGGUGUGGGGACUGUCCACCACUGGCAGGAUGGUUGACGACCUCCAUCGGCUGGUGAAAGUGGCGGAGAUUGCCACCCCCUUCAUCCUGGUGGGCUCAGAGCUGGGCUCCCUCAACGGACGCUUCUACAGCCACAUCCACCACACGCAAGUGUCUGAUUUGGUGUUGAUCGAUCCCAUCCCAGAGGAUGUCUUCAAGGAGGAGCAGUGGCAGCAAUACUGGUACUCCCAGUUGGUGCCCUCGCUGCAGGUGCUACAGUUUGCGGCGGCGGCGGGCCUCAGUCGACUGCUCAUCAUCCUCGGCCUCAUGAAGCCCACACUACACCACCACCAGCAGAUAUCAGAGGAGAUGCUGCAGAGACAGAAAUAUCUUCUGAGUAACCCUGCCCACCAGAGUGGCGCUGUGGACGAACACUUCUUCAUGAACGAGAGCGCUUCCCAAGUCGGGGAAAUUUCCAAGUUCAAACCCCUUUCGUCCAAGACGUCGGUGAGCGUGAUUACGGGGGACAGCUAUGAUGAGACGCUGCCUGCCCACCUGAACGAAGUGGUGGCGGAGCUUCAGAGGCGCUUGGUGGAGCAGUCCUACCCGCAGGCCUCGCGCAUCCACGUCCCCGGGGCCGACCGGCGCAUGAUCUACACCCAGCCGGCCGCCGUCAGCGAACAUCUGUGGAGGCUGGUGUCACGCCGGCAGGCCAGGCAGCAGAGCCAGUGAGGCAGGCAGGCAGGCAGGCAGGGGCGCAUGGCAGGCAGGCAGGGACGCAUGGCAGGCAGGCACGGACGCAUGGCAGGGCCACUCACAACUUUGGCCAGGCCCAGGACAAAGUCAUCUGAAAGGGCCCGCCCCCCUACCCAAUACAUACAAUGCAAUGAACACCAAGUUCUGGACUCUCUUCUCCAUGGGCCCGGGACAACUGACCCCUUUGUCCCCCCCACCCCCUGUCGGCUUCACUGGAUGCAUGGCAGUGCGUGAGCCUCUCUGCACCUCCUCCUCCUCUUCCACCUCCUCCUCCACCACCUCCUCCUCUUCCACCUCCUCCUC